CAGCCCGGCAGGCGCCUCCUCUUGCGCGGCGCCGCUGCUGCUGCUGCUGCUGCGAUGCUCCCCCGAGGAGGCAGCCGCUGAAGGAUGAGCGCCGCUGCCCGCCGCCGCCCCUGCCCUAUCCCUUCGCCGCCGCCGCUGCUGCUGCUCCUGCCGCUGCUCCUGCCGCCGCCCGGCGCCUGGGGACUGCUGGCCACCUCCGGCGAGCUGUGUCCUCGGCACCUGGACUGCACCCUUCAGCGACGACAGGAAUGUCCCCAGGGGUCCCACACCUGUGGCCCCUGCCUCCCUCAGUUCAUCGAAGACAGAAAGGGAAGAUGCGUGGCUGGGACAUCAGCGCCCAAAGGGCAAAGCUCUCUUGUUCCCAACCUAGAAGCAGAGAUUGACUUGGUGUCGGAUUUGCUGUCCAAGCAGGGGAGGGGGCCUCUGCCCCACGGCCAGGAAGAGACACUGGCUCCCCCUGACCCCCAAUCCAGGAACAGGGCAUCGAAGGCAGAGUCCUCACAUGGUAGCUGGCAGGGAUGGCCAGACACGUCGUCUCAGCCCAUCACCAAGCCGGUUCACCCCCCCCCAGUGGAGUCAACCCGCAUCUCUACCAAUGAUGCCCUCGUCCUCGGCUUGAUUGUCGUCUGUACAGCUGCCGGUAUGGCAGCUCUGGUGGUGGCAACGAUCUGCUGGUGCAGGCUGCAGAAGGAGAUCCAGCUUGCCCAAAAAGCAGAUUAUCCAGCAAAUAACCUGCCCCAACUCCCCUCCUACGACAAGCUCUCUCCUGGCGAUCGGAAGCUGGCACAGAGUGCCCAGAUGUACCACUACCAGCACCAGAAGCAGCAGAUGCUCUCCAUGGAAAAGAAUAAGGAGGAAGCCAAAGCUCCUGAAUGCAUCUCCUCGGAUGAAGAGAACGAAGACGGUGACUUCACAGUCUACGAGUGCCCUGGCCUGGCCCCGACAGGAGAGAUGGAAGUGAAAAACCCCCUUUUUGACGACUCCACUCUGCCCCCAAAGCUGCACCCCUGACUGGGAACUGUGGACUGUGUGCAGGACCUGCCUGGGGGCCGCCUGACCAAUGGCUCUCCUCCGCUGCCCUCCUCCGCAGAUUCUUGGCUGAAAUAAAUCCGCCUUCUGGCAACUUGCUGCUUCUGCUCGGCUUCACGUUCCCCCCCCCCUGCACUGGCCCUUCUUCUGCCCGGCUCCCGGAUGUUGGCGAAGAGGCUUUGUGGACUGCCUGGACUCGGGAGGGAAGAAAAGGGGGGCCCACCCAGAGGCCUGGCUUGCCACCUCCUGCCCCUACAAUCCCUGCCAGCCUUGGGCAUGGCAAGACCCGCCUUGAAAAAAUCAGAGUGGGAGGGCUUCCCUUUUCUUUCCUUGUUUUGCAGCCCCCCCCCCCCAAGGUUAAAAUAAUGGGGCUGGGGAGGCCUUGAUGCUUGAGGCAUCUCCCUUUGGAGGGAGGGAGCUGCAGCUUCAAGAGCGAGGAUGUCUUCGGACAGGCCCUUCCCCGCCCAGCCGGUUAAGACGCCUUGGGAAAGUGGUCCAUGUGCCCAUUCAGCAGGUGGGAAGCGGAGGCAGACUGAGGCUGGAAAAAGUGCGUCUCCCAGGUGUAGUAAGUCCUGAUCCAUUUCACACUGUUUUUAGCACUUUCUCAAAGAAGCUGAAUUUGGAGGUGGCUGAGGGGUCUUUUGAAGGCUUUGUGAGCAAAAUCUUAGUUCUCAGAAUUUCAAGGGGAAGGAAUGUUAAGCGUUAAGGUCUGCAGAGUGACCAGUCCAGAGAGGGGGAGCCGGGGUGACCCCCUGGAGAUUCUCCCAUUGGGACCCUGGAGCCAGGCAGCCUUCACCCCUUAGCUCUCUCUGGCUGUGCCCACUGUUCUGCCAGUGUGAUGCCCCCUCCUCGCCCUGGCCUGGUGUGAAGGGAGGCAAUUUCUGUUCAGACUCAUUGGGAUUUCCGAGGAAUUCAUAGCCGUCUGACCGACCAAGAGCUGGGAGGGCAUUGAGCCACGUUUUCUUUUCUGUUUAAUUACAACCAAAUCUGGAAGGUUGAUUGAUUUUCUUCAUACCAAGUUCAGAAGGUUUCGGAAGUAUUUCUGAAUUCCGCAAUUAAAUGGGAUGGGUGUUGAGGGAAGAAGAAUGAGAUUGCUGGUCAUCUGUGUUGCCUGCUUUCAGAAGACACGAUGUUCCAAGCAUUUGAUCACCACUACCACCCCAAGAAUUGGGGGGAGUGUUGGAGAGGGUGAGUUGUAUUAGACAGCCAUCAAGGCUGAUUCCUACCCCCAUCUUAGCAAAUCUAAAGAUAUUCAUGAACCACCUGGGUAGCCGUGGCCUAUUUCUACUUGCCCCUACUGUGAGGUCUAGAAACUUGAUGGAAAACAAUACAAGGAAAACAAGGUUCCCUUCUCAGGUGCAUAAAUGAAGU